CGAGACUCCGUCUCAAAAAAUAAAAUAAAUAAAUUAUAAUGUUGACCUCAAAGAGGAAGUCUAGCCUUGAGUUUAGUAAGAUCUUUGCCACACACAACGUGAUGCCAGCAGUGGCAGGGGCAGUAAUCUUUAUUUCGUCAUUUCUGAAACACAGGAGCAGUAACGGAAGCAAGUGAAAUGCUCAGUCUUAGGCGAUUGCGUCGUGCUAUGACCGGACUUUUUCUUGAAAGGGGAUGACAGCAUGGGAGGAAAUGGCUCCACAUCUAAACCCGACACUGAAAGACAAGGCACUCUCCCCACAGCAGCCCCAACAACUAGCCCUGCACCCUGUCUCUCUAACCACUACAACGAAAAACAUUUAAUCCUUGCCUUUUGUGCUGGGGUUCUACUGGCACUGCUGCUGAUAGUCUUUAUCUUCCUCAUCAUAAAGAUCUACAGAAAAUGUCACUCCAAGUCCCGGGCCCUAGAUUCUCACUCAGAUCCUCUGGCCAAGCUUUCAUCCAUCCCAGGGGAAUCACUUACCUAUGCCAGCAUGACUUUCAAACUCUCAGAAGAAAAGAGCAAUCACUUGGCUGAGAACUGUUCUGCAGACUUUGACCCCAUUGUCUAUGCUCAAAUUAAAGUAGCAAACUAACCCAGCUUUUCCAGUGAGGCUUGAAUCCAUUUCCUCUCAUCUCAGCCCUAUCUUCACACAUCACUUUCCCUUUUUUACAAAUUUUGGACCACCACCUAUGUGGAAACUGCAAUCGGAGUUGUUUAGAUGUGAUCUGGCAAUGCUAUCUAGCAGCUUUGGAGACCAAUGGUCAGUCUUUUCCUGGCCAGAGAAAAGAUUGAUGGCCCUCCCACUUGAACUGACAGCCUGUGAGCCCAUUGGGGGCAUAGACUGCCUUCCUUGGAGCCUUCCAAAGUGUGUGGUACAGAGCUCAGUGCACAGAGUAUUCACCCAGCAUCAUGAAUCAACUUGGGAGGAGUCAACCAAAUGAACAAUCUACCAAGAAUUUCAAAUAAAGUCAAACCCCCACA